GUCAGGAGGAAGCCCCGCAUAGUGAAUAGUCUGUCUGGGCUCUGACUCCUGCGCCGUAAAGUUGGUAACGAAGGAACCAACUUGGCUGCGGCCACCCGAUUCCGCGCAUAAUUAACAUCAUCAUAAGUUAACUGUACCCUAGCAAGCUGAUAACGUUGAAGACGCCCUGUGCGUUGCGAAGCUUUGGCAUUCCAUCGCUCGCGACCGAGGUUCAGAGCUGAAGCGCUUUCAGAGAGUUCACGGCACAAUACCAAAAGUGCUGUCUACCCUGAGGACCGGCGUGCUGGGCGACGGCGGCAGGGGCACAGCCCCCGCGCUGCCGUCGCCCCUGACAGGCGCGCUGGCGCUGACGCCGUGCCGCUCGCGCAACGGAGCAUGGGCGCCGUCAGCUCCGGUUGCAUCGCAGCGCAGCUUGAUGUGUGUUGCGGCGAGGCAUGAGCAUCACGGCUAUCGUGCAGCGCCAGCGGCCUCUGGCGCGUUGUCGGCGUUCCUAGCCGCAUCGGGGCCUCAGGGGCCGCGCCGCUGUGUGCGUGCGGCGGCCGCAUCCUCGAAGACCGCCGCGGCGCGUGACCUCUGGAGCUACGACAGCUCGGCUGUGGCAACUAUCCAGCUGGAGUCGUUCAAGGUGUUUCACCGCCUCAGCUUUGGGCACCGCAACCCGCGCACCUACGUGAUCGUGGUGUACGACCCGGCCAGUAGGGCGUGUCGGGCCAUGGAGACUGAGGUGGAGCGGCUGGCCACGGGCCUGCGGCAUUGCCCCACCGUGCGUGUGGCCAAGCUGGACGCCUCUUCGCCCGAAGCGGCCGCCUUCCUCAACGCCGCGUUCGGGGGUCGCCUGGCGGAGCGCCGCCUGCCCGCUGUGCUGCUGUACCCGGAGGCUGCCACCGGCUAUGUGCGGCUAAAGGGCCGCUAUGCCACCGCUGAGGACAUGCUGCGCGGCAUCAACAAGAUGUACGGCGUGUCACUGCCGCAUCGAGCGCCCCUGGCUCUGCAGGGCCUGCCGGAGAUAGCGCUGUCGGGUGAGGCGGUGGCGGCGGGAAAAGAGGCGGCGCAGGAUCCAGAUCUAAUGCAAGUCGCAUUGGAUCGGAAGAAGCGACGCGACCAGUUCCGGCAGUUGCUAGAAGACGUGGCGGACGCACGUGACGCGGCGGCGGCCAAGGCAGCGGCAGUGGACGGCCCGGCGGCGGGCGUGGUGGCAGCCGCGGCGGCUGGGGAGCAGCGGGCGGCAUCUAUGUCGGUUGCGCCGGCGGCAGCGGGCUCUGGGUAUUGGAACCGGGACAAGGCCAUGCUCUGGGGUGCGCUAGCGGCCAUCAGCGUGUUCACAUUCGCCUGGGACGCCGGCCUGUCCUCGGUGUGGGACCGCUGGCAGCUGGAGCGCCGCCAGCGCAAGCGUGCACGUGGCGUGCAGUACGACAAGGACCAGGACAUGGAAGACCUGGGCACCAUGCUGUACGACGGUCUGGCGGAAGACCGCAUGCUCGUACCACGUGGCGGCGGCAGCGGCAGCAGUAGUAGCAGCAGCAGCAUCAGCAGUACCGGCGGCAGCGGGAGCUGGAUCGGUAGCGGGACGGGUGGUGCUGAAGCGGCGGGGCAAGGAGGGGAGGGGCAGGGGCCAGCGGGACCGUCGGGGCGAGGUGAUGCUGGCACGGCGGCAGGCGGCGGAGCGGGCCUGACUGCGGCGACUGGGGCGGCGUUGCAGGAGGAUGCGGGUGGGCAGGGGGGUAGCAAUGGCGCACCGUCACCAGGCCGUGGACCGCGCGCAUGAGGUGUGUGACACGUCCAGACUUCAUGCGCACGCCUUACACACUUGCACUCCACGGCGCUGUGAGUCACAAGUCAGGUGCAGGACUACCCAAGGGACUACCGCAGAACCGCGCACGCGUUACGUAUGACAGAAAUGACAGCUUGCCGGCCUUCUUUGCGCUAGCCCGUCGGUUGCAGCGUUACAUGGUUUGUGGCAAUGCUGCCCUUCACGUUGAGGGUUGAAUGCAUGUGCGGAGCGGAAGGGCCGGGCAAGGCCACGUCGAGGAGGGGAGCCGCCCAGGGCCAGGGUACGGCACCGACAUGCUAGCGAGGCCGGCUGAUGUUUGGUUAUGGGCAGGCAGGGCGUACGGUAGGCAGCGGCACGUGUGUUCCUGCUGCAGCCUUCUGUUGGUGGGGUUAUCGAAGAUGCUUUCAGGAAACGAAUGCGCAUGGAAGGAACAGACCGUGAAGGCGUGACAGUGAGCGCUUGCCACACCGCUGGUGCUGGUACCACGUACGUCCUGCAUUCCCACAGGCUGUAGGGUCGUGAGUGCGGACGGUCGCAAAUGCUGCGGCUAGGCAUGCACAGAUUGCAUUGGUUACAAGAGGGACCUGCUGACGCAGUUCACGAGCCAGUGACGUGAUGCACAGUUGCACACGCCUUUCCCCAGCCUUCCUUGCCCAAAUGAACACGACGCAAGGGCGUCGGCGACAAGGAACCUGAUGGUUUCCGCUCGAGCGCAGCGAGUUGUCGGAAACCAAGGUUUCCUGCGCUCGGAGUGUGCACAGUUGUGGGCCCCGAAGGGGCGUGGCGUGUGUGUGUUUGUUGUUUGGGGCCCAUGCGCGGCAUGGGCGGUGGGCCCGGUUAAGUAGCAGAGCGCUGUGUCGCGCUCGCUACUUUGCGAGUUUCGUUCUGUCAGUACUGACGCCGUCGUCCCUGGCUACGCUCUAUCUUUGCGUGGCUACACGGCGGUUCGGGCUCGCCCUCCCAACCCCGCACGAAGACCGCAGUUCUCUGCUUGCAGGUACCCUCUCCGGCGGCGGAGCCGCCCUCACAAAUUGUAACACGACGCAAUG